AUGGGGGCCCCUGGUAUGGGGGCCCCUGGUAUGGGGGCACACAGUGGUACUGGUGGUAUAGGAGGAGGGGGCCCCAUUGGGGUUGGGGGAGGGGCCCCUGGUGGAGGGGGAGGAGCAACAGGAGGAGGGAAUAAUAUUUCUUCCUUACAGUAUCAACAUAUGCAGCACCAGCAGCAACAGGUGCAGCAGCAAAUGCAGCAGCAGCAGCAGCAGCAACAAAUGCAGCAAAUGCAGCAAAUGCAGCAACAAGAGGGAGGAGCUGGUAUAGGAGGUAAUAAUAUAAAUAGUAGUAAUAAUAAUAAUAAUAAUAAUAUUAAUUGGGGUGUAGGAGGGGGGCCCCAAUCCAUUGGAGGAGGUAUUGGAGGGGGGGCCCCUAUUCAUGGGGGCCCCUCCUCUAAUUAUAGUACCCUAUAUGGAGGGUACGAGGGGCCCCUCCUAGUAGAUGUAAACCCUAAAGCUUAUCGUAUAAAAUGGCAAGAUGUAGCCUAUUCAGAGUACCUUCCUAUAGUUAAGGGGGGCCCCCUUGGGGGCCCCCAGGAGGCCCCCCUAGGGGAAAAAUUCAUAGAAGAGGUAGAGGAGGCCCUUGAGCUUCUUGAUAGAGAAUUAGCCCUUAGGACAGCAUCAGAGAAUCACCAAAGAAUUAUGAUGCAGCAGCAGCAGAGUGCUGCUGCUGCUGCUGCAGCAGCAGCAGCAAAUGUAGCAGCAACAGUACCUAAUAAUAAUGUAGUUAAUGGUGGUAUUCCUAAUGCUGCUGCUCCUACUAGUGGGGUUCUGCCUGUAGGAGGGAGUGCAGCAGCAACAGCAGCAGCAGCUGCUGCUGCUGCUGCAGCUGCAGCAGCGGCUCCACAGGCAUCACAUGCAGCAGCAGCAGCAGCGGCUGCAGCAAUUGGGAGGCCUGACAGCUUCUCAAGCACAGCAGCAUCAACACUGCAGCAAGCAGCAGCAGCAGCAGCAGCACAGCAAGGUAGAGGAGGCCCCCUUCCUGGGACAGGACCCAAAACAGCAGCAGCAACAGCAGCAGGGGGCCCCACAGGCUAA